AACUGUAAACAGUAUUUUCACGAAAGAAAGCAUUAAAAUGCCAGACAGAUGUGUGGUUUUUGGUUGCUCUAACCUUGCAAACUUGGAUAAAGGAAUUUCGUUACACCGAAUUCCUUUUUUUAAUGACGAAAGAAGCGAAGCUAAGCGCAGGAGAAAGCGAUGGAUCAAUUUCGUUUGUGCUACUCGUGACAAGUGGGUUGCCACAAAGAAUUCUGCUGUAUGCUCUGAGCACUUUACACCGGAAUCGUUUUCUCGCAAGUUUAGUUUGCUUUCCGAAUCAGAUAUUCACUUUUCACCUCGUUUGAUUCGAGAUGAUAUUGGUAUAGUUGCGUGUCCAACGAUCCAUGCAAAAACUGACAGGGAAUUGACUACAAGAGAUGUGAGAAUGAUUAAAAGAAAGUGGAUGUCUCGUCAAAAGGCUGAUGAGCUACCAGCAGCUAAUGUUGUCAGUGUUGUUGAUCUGCCGUCAACUAGUCAAGACACAGACAGUCAGCAAUUUAUGAAAGAAGCAGCUCCAACUAAUGAUGAGCCUUUGUUGGAUUAUCAAUAUGAUGAUUUGACUACCGAUGAUAGUAAUGGUCCAGCUGUUAAGAAAGUAGCUGUGGAGUGCAAAAAUUGUGUUGUCCUUCAGAAAGAGAUUCGUCAUUACAAGAACCUGUGGCUUGGAGCAAAGCAUAAACUCCAGCUUAGCAGGACUGAAUUAAACAGUUCCAAAUUAAAUUCAACUGAAAUAGGUAGGUAA